CAGUCCCGCACGGCGAUUGGCCGCGGGCAGCGGAGGCUAUAAAAGGCGGCAGGCGAGCGAGGUGGGCCAGUCUGCGCAGCCAGCCGAACAGAGCGGCUAUGGAGCUAGCGGGGAAGGUGGCCGUCCUGCUGCUGCUGGUGGCCCUGGUUGCGGCAGAUGAGCCGCCGAAGGUGGAGGUGUACUCCCGCAAACGUGCUGUAGUGGGAGAGGAGAACACCCUCAACUGCUUCGUGAGCGGGUUCCACCCUCCCAAGAUCGAGAUCACUCUCCUGAAGAACGGGGUGCCCAUGAGCGACGUCCAGUACGCGGACAUGUCCUUCAAUGACAAGUGGCAUUUCCAGCGCCUGGUGUACGUGCCGUUCACCCCCAUGAAGGGCGAUGUCUACGCUUGCAAAGUGGCCCAUUCCACCUUGCAGGAGCCGCAGGUCUUCCAAUGGGAGGCAGACUUCUAAGCUGUGUCUGGGGUAAUCACGGUCUUGCAAGUCAAAAUCUUCUUGAGCUUCUGUCCUUCCCUCGCUUUGGAAUAUGAUGAAGAGCAAUUGUCUUUCUUGCAGAAUAACCUCCCUUAAUAAAGGUUAUUGUUAAAAUAUCCUUUAUCCAAACCAGUAUGCCAGCUAGGCUUUUUUUGGAACACAUAGCUAUAAACAUCCACAUUACUCAUUAGAAACCAAUGGUAGCUCUUUAAUACUCUGAAUUGUACAAGAUUUGUAUCUAAAUAAAUUUUAAGGACACCA